AUGAAGUGCACGGUCGUUGGCAGACGGCACCCAAUAUCCAGAACAGUAACAUUUCCUGGCACUGAGCAUCCACCACUUACAGAUGCUGAUUUUCGGCAAGGUAUUUAUGUCCAACACAAAGUAGGGCAUUCACCAUUGUUAGAUCUAAAGCAUUUCAACAUAGUUCGACAAGUUUUUGUUGGCGACAAAUUACAUGCAUUAGAUCGAGGUGUAACGCGUCGAAACUUGUUAGGACCAGUUUACGGCAAGUGGGGUGCUAUUAAAUGGCCAGUGGAGACUUGUUCACACAUUUCUGCACAAAUUAAAAAUAUUACACUUCCUCGGGAAAUACAUCGCAAAUUCAGGGGCUUGGAUGAACUGUUGCAUUGGAAAGGCACAGAAUUUAGCAGUUUUUUGCUGUAUGCAAGUUUUUUGGUAAUGAAGAAGAAUUUGCCUAUUCGAACAUAUGAACACUUCAUGUUAUAUUUUGUCGCAGUUACCAUGCUUUCGUCGAACGUGUAUAAAGAUACUUGGGAUCAAGCCUCUGAAAUGCUGAAAAAGUAUGUAGAAAUGUACGAUACUAUAUACGGCGAAGGUUAUAUAAGCAGUAAUGUGCACAAUUUGUUGCAUUUAACCGACGAAGUGAAGGAAUUUGGGCCCCUCAACGUAAUGUCUGCUUAUCCCUUUGAAAAUGCUCUAAAUCAUAUAAAAAGAAUGCUUAGACAUGGCCAUAAAUGUUUGGAACAAACUAUAAAUCGUUUAUCAGAAUUCGAAAGCUUUGCUGUUCCAAUAACAAAACCCAACAAUGAAAUUUUUUUAAAAGGAGCGGAAGAAAAUAUAACGUUACACAUACGCGGAUUUUCUCUGAACCGUACCUUGCGCGACGGAUGGUUUCUUUCCGCAGAAAAAGAAAUUAUUCAUUUUGUGUUUGCAGAAAUGGUAGAUUCUAAUUUAAGAAUAGUAGGCAGAAAACUGUUAAACCCAAGUGCACAGUUUAACUCGCCAUGUUCUUCUUAUACCCUGUACAUUUUCAAAGGCAAAGAAACUGAUUUAUCUCAGACCUUUUAUGAGUUUAAGCCAAGCGAUGUUAAGGCAAAGAUGGCAGCAAUAAGAACAGAAGAUCAGGAGGAAACAGUUUUUGUUCCUUUGCUGCAUACAUUAAUUUAG